CGGCCGGCGCUCGGCGCGAUGCUGCUGCUGUGGGUGUCGGCGGUGGUAGCGUCGGCGCUGGCUGCUCCGGCCCCCGGGGCAGGUGGGCGGAGGCGGGGAGCGGUCGGAGCCCCUAACGUGGUGGUGGUCGUGAGCGACUCGUUCAGUUACAGAGAGGCAGAGGCAGAGAGAGGUCUUCCAUCUGCUGGUUCACCCCCCAAAUGACCGCAACGGCCAGAACACGGCCCAGAGCUGAGCUGAUCAGAAGCCAGGAGCUUCCUCCCGGUCUUCCCACGUGGGUGCAGGAGCCCAAGCACUUGGGCCAUCUUCUACUGCUUUCCUAGGCCAUAGCAGAGAGCUGGAUCAGAACUGGAGCGGCCAGGACUCAAACCGGUGCCCAUAUGGGAUGGCAGCACUGCAGGCGGCGGCUGUACCGGCUGUGCCACAGCGCCGGCCCCAGUAUUAUCCGUGUUUUAAUAAAUGUUGGUUAUUAAUUAUAAUAUUUAAUUACAUGGUUACAUAGGUUGUUGAUGUUACCCAUGUCUUGCGCUAAAAGUCGGUUUUUGUUUGUUUUUAUCUAAUUGAAAGGCAGACAGAGGGAGUCUCCCAUCUCCUGAUUGACUCCCGCAAAGUCCCAGGACAGCUGGGCCAGGAGCCUAGAACUGGAGCCAGUUCUCCUGAAAUGGCAGCAAGGCUCCAAGUGCUUGAACCAUCAUCACCUGAGGCCUCGCAGGGUGCCCAUUAACAGGAAGCUGGCAGGAAGCAGAGCUGGGACUCCCACCUAGGCACUCAGAUACGGGAUGGGGCAUCCCAAACAGAGCCUUAGCCACUGUACCAAAUGCCUGCCCCGUGGAGAGGGGUUUUAAUCCCUAUGCUGGAUCACCUGUCUCUUGAUUAAAGUUACGUAGUCUGGAUUUACCCAUCAGAUUUGUUGAAAAUAUUACUUAAGUAAUCUUUGUGAUUAUCUAAAUGUGGAGAAUGAGCAAUGCUGGAAAUUAAUAAGAUAGGGAGUGCCCUUGAACUAGAAGGGAAGUGAAAUAAGCCUCGUUGUGCGGAAGUUAAGUUGUUUUCAGUGUAUUCCUUAUGGGCAGGUCUGCAGCCAGCGUGAGCCGACACAGCUGUUUCCAGCUGGGGUGAGCCGAGCAGCCAGUUGCGAGCUUGCUCAGAACGCGGCAUGAUCUGGCAAGGCAGACUCCUUCAUUCCCAAGAGGAAUAUGGGUGGUACAUCACAACCUCCUAGCAAUUUCCAAAGAAAACCGAGAUGUUUAGGAUGGAAGGUUAACAUUUCAACCAGGAAAUCAGGUGUUGAAACUUCCUUUUAUCAACUUCAUGAAAACACAUGGCACUUCCUUUUUGAAUGCCUACACAAACUCUCCAAUCUGUUGCCCAUCACGUGCAGCCAUGUGGAGUGGGCUAUUCACUCACUUAACAGAGUCUUGGAAUAAUUUUAAGGGUCUAGAUCCAAAUUAUACAACGUGGAUGGAUGUCAUGGAGAAACAUGGCUACCGAACACAGAAAUUUGGAAAACUGGACUAUACUUCAGGACAUCACUCCCUUAGUAAUCGUGUGGAAGCCUGGACAAGAGAUGUUGCUUUCCUACUCCGACAGGAAGGCAGGCCCAUGGUUAAUCUCCUUCCUGACAAGAAUAAAACAAGAGUGAUGGAAAAGGACUGGAAGAUCACAGACAGGGCCACAGACUGGCUAAGGAAGGAGGCCGUGCACCUCGCAGGGCCCUUCGUUCUUUACGUGGGAUUGAAUUUACCACACCCUUACCCUUCCCCGUCCUCAGGAGAAAAUUUUGGAGCUUCAACAUUCCAAACAUCUCAUUACUGGCUUAAAAAAGUGUAUCGUGAUGCCAUCAAAAUCCCCAAGUGGUCGCCCCUGGCAGAAAUGCACCCUGUGGACUACUAUUCUUCCUACACAAAAAACUGCACUGGGAAGUUUACAAAGAAGGAAAUUAAGAACAUUCGAGCAUUUUAUUAUGCCAUGUGUGCCGAGGCAGACGCCAUGCUUGGUGAAAUUAUUUUGGCCCUUCGCCAGUUAGACCUUCUUCAGAAAACUGUGGUCAUAUACACAUCAGACCACGGGGAACUGGCCAUGGAGCACCGACAGUUUUAUAAAAUGAGCAUGUACGAAGCCAGUGCCCAUGUGCCGCUUUUGAUAAUGGGACCAGGAAUCAAGGCCAACGUGCAAGUUCCAAACGUGGUUUCCCUUGUGGAUAUUUACCCUACCCUGCUUGAUAUUGCCGGGAUCCCUCUGCCUCAGAAUCUGAGUGGAUACUCUCUGUUGCCACUAUCAUCGGAAACACUUAGGAAUAAAAAUGAACUCAAAACCCUGCAUCCGCCCUGGAUUCUGAGUGAGUUCCAUGGGUGUAACGUGAACGCCUCCACCUACAUGCUUCGAACUAAGCGGUGGAAGUACAUCGCCUACGCAGACGGUGCUUCGGUGUUGCCUCAGCUCUUUGAUCUCUCCUCGGAUCCAGAUGAGCUAACAAACAUUGCUACAAAAUUCCCAGAAAUCACUUCUUCUUUGGAUCAGAAGCUUCGUUCCAUUGUAAACUACCCUGAAGUUUCUGCUUCUGUCCACCGGUACAAUAAAGCGCAGUUUAUCCAGUGGAAGCAGAGUGUGGGACAGAAUUAUUCAAAUGUCAUUGCAAACCUUAGGUGGCAUCAGGACUGGCUGAAAGAACCGAGGAAGUAUGAAAGUGCAGUCGAUCAGUGGCUUAAAACCCACAAGAAUCCAGAAACAACUUAACCAAAAACAAGAAAAUGAUGUUCUAGGGUCCAGCGCUGUGGCGCAGUGGGUUAACGCCCUGGCCUGAAGCUCCAGCAUCCCAUAUGGGCACCGGUUCGAGUCCCGGCUGCUCCUCUUCUGAUCCAGUUCUCUGCUGUGGCCUGGGGUAGCAGUGGAGGAUGGCCCGAAUCCUUGGGCCCCUGCAACCGUGUGGGAGACCUGGAGGAGGCUCCUGGCUCCUGGCUUCAGAUCGGCAUAGCUCUGGCCAUUGCAGCCAUCUGGGGAGUGAACCAGCAGAUGGAAGACCUCUCUUUCUGUCUCCACCUCUCUCUGUAACUCUUUAAAAUAAAUAAAAUAAAUCUUUUUAAAAAAUGAUGUUCUAGACCUACAUGUAAA